UCCCGCGCUCGACACACGUGGUCUAAGGAGCUCGAUCGUCGGCUCGACCUCGCGUGUUGGUGAGACGUCGGACUGUCUCCCUGGACGCGCUUGUGUGUGUGUGUUCGGUGUUUUGUGACGUUACUAUAUAUUGCAUUAGUGAAGUAGACAGUGCACACAUUAUAUAAUCGAGAAAUAUAUGAGUGUUUAAGAUAUAUUAUGAAUUAUUAUACGUAAUAUUUAAAAAAUGUGACAUAUAAUAUCUCAAGUUCCACCGAACAUUUACACGAUUUAUCAAGUGAAUCAAAUUAUACCAAAAUCGAGCCAAAAAUGAUAACAAAUGUUUGUGCUCUUUCUCACGUGUGGGAAGUGUGUCGUGUGUAAGCCCAUAAACGAAAAAUAAUUGAAGAAAACACACACCAAGAUGACGUGACACACACCAGUCAUCUCUCCAUCACAGCUUCUAACCGCAAGAACUUUCCGGCCGUGACAUAAGGCCAAUCAGAUCGUCGCGUCUUCUGAUUAGCAAGAAAAAAAGAGAAACGGAUAUGACAGCAUCUGAAUCCGUGACCUCGACAUAGCUGGCUUGAACGCUGUCUGUCCGUUCUCAACUUCUGCUCGCGUGUCUGUGUCUACGAAGCGUGUCUGGCGUGACGUAAUGGAGAGGCUUAUCAGGUCCCUGGCGAGAUGCCUCAAAUUUUCAUGUGUGGAGGACGAGGUGGAGAUGCGGGUGUCGGAGGAUGAGGGCGUCGUGGAGGCCGAGGACGCGUCCCUCCCCGCCCCUCAUCACCGGGCGCCCAUGUAUAACCCCGAGGACUACGCCUACGCCCUCACUAAAUACUCUCGCGUCUCGCAGUUAUACAUGCCUGAGCCGCCCAAGGAAAAGAAGGGCCGAGGAAGGGAGAAGGAGAAGAACGUGCCAAGGGAAGUUCCUCAAGAAAUGUCCCUGAAGCAGUUUAGUUCCUUGCCAGAGCUCCUCAAGAAACUCAGAGAAGAUCUUAAGAUGUCCUACCUCAGUUUCGUGAAAGAGUUGGUGCGCGACCCUCAUGACGGCGUCUCGCUCCUGCUGGACGUCUUGAAAAUGAUCCAGCUGGCUCAGACGGAUCUCAAUGGAUCGGCCAACACCCGAGAGCAGCAGAUCGCCCUCCGUCGCGCUCUCAUCGACGAGCACGAGUGCCUCUCCUGCUUGCGCUACUGCUUGCGCUCGACCGACGCCGCCCUCAAGGUCGCCCACUACCACCACGGCCUCUAUACUCUCGCCGUGGCUACCAUGAGCAAUCUGGCGAGGAGUCGAACGCUCGCCCUCCAGCUCCUGACGCGGGCCUGCCUCACCUCGCCGCAGGGGCAUCGGCAGGUGGUGGAGGCCCUGGCGACUCUCAGGCUACGAUUCGCCGAGCCGGUCAAGUGUAAAUUCCUUGUGUCUAUGAUGCUGUCCCAUCCACACCCAAGUUUUCAGGUUUGGGGACUAAGGUUUCUCAACGCCCUCGUGGCUUCCACCAAGACACUGCGAGAGAGGAUUUACUUGCAGGAGGAGCUUGCGGAGGCCGGCUUCGACUCCGGGAUCUUGAGGAAGAUGGUCGAGCGCAGCGGGUCCGACUCCCUCCAGCAGCAGGCCCUGAUCGAACUCAACCGCUGGAACGAAGCUUACAUCGACGUCUCCUCCUUUGAGACAGAGAUCGUCGGGCUGAAGAACUCCAACAGCAAUCUUCAGGAGGAACUGAAGAAGCUAAGGGAAGCGAACAUGAAACUUCUGGAAGAAAAUGUCCUCCUGAAGACUGUCGGUGGAGAAGUGGAAGAACGUUACGCCGCCUUGCAGCGCCGUCUGGAGCAGAACGGCCUCCCCGCAGCGCCCUCUCCUGUACCCUCCGUCAGCGACUCGGACCUCUCCUCUCUCAACACCAUCAGAAACACGAUGAUGAGACGUCAUGGGUCUGUCUCACCCUCUAGGAAUGAGGGGAUGAGGACCUGCGUCACCGAGACCGACUCGGUCAUUUUCAGCAAGGGAGAAGACAGGUCGCUGACGCCCAUCUGGAACGGGGACGCCAAAUCCACUUCGUCGUCAGCCUCGACCAGGAGCAAAGCGUCAACCACGUCAGAUGAAACCAUUACUUCUUCUCGGCCGGUGUCUGUGUCCAGCGUCAACCUCCCAACACCUAUUAACAGGAGUCGACACCAGUCCUCCUCUUCCAUGACCUCGCCUGAACCUCGGAUUACAUCACCAGGAAGGAGUUCUAACGACUCGCCAGUAGGAAACGGGGAUCACAGGAGGGAUGGCAGCAACUCGAGCAGGACAUCGCCGAAUCAAGAACCAGAAGGGAGAAAGCGACGUUCUUCAGGAGAUAGGUUUAACGAGCCCAUGCCCAUGACUCACAUUGAAAUGACUUUCCGCAAUGACAAGAAGUCUCCCUCACCUGUUGCAGACCUCCAGUUUGACAGGAGUAGAUCUCCUCAAGAUACGAAACUGGCAAAUCAAGAGAUGUCAAAAUCUACAAAGCAGUAUAGUCGACAGCGCCAGCAAAUCCCUGAUGAGGCCCCACCGGCCAUCAGUUCACCUGUCAACGGACACAGCAGAGAAGGACGGAAGUCUACAAGCCCAAUUCAGGUCGACAGCAGGCCUAGUAGCAAGAACUCCUGUGUAUCUAGCACUCCUUCGUCCAAAUCAGACUCACCCCCCAGUACUAAGAGGAAGGCUCCCAGCCCUCCUGCAGGCACAGCCAGCCCAUUCUCGUCCUCGACAUCGUCUCUGUCAUCUUCGUCCUCCACCUCCUCCAGUCCAGGAGGAGAAAGGAAGGACCCGGAGUACAUGAACGUCCCGCUUCGAGGAUCAUCUCAGAACAAAAGCCGAAGUGGAUCGCCCAAUGAUAAAGCCCGUAGCGGCAGCGAGGAGGGUGACCUCGAUUAUGAGCGAGACGUUGUGGUUUAUGAAGCUAUUACCGUCGCUAAUGACAGGAUCUUCAUAGACAAAAAUAAUACUCAAGGCUCCCAUGGCUCCGGAAAGAGCCAGAGUUCGACGGAGACAAAGGGCAGCCAGGAGUCGGGAGACAGCCAAGAUAGUUCCUCAGAUAACCCCUCCGUGCGCGAGUCUGUUCGACACUAUGAGAACCUCGUCAUGAUGACCGACCCACAGGAGGAAAGGAAAGACCAGAGGACAGAUAAUAAGAAGGAUGACGAUAGGACAGACAAGAGAGAUGAGAAAGGAAGUAAUGAAAGGAGGGAUAAACGAGAGGAAAGAGGGAGUGGCGAAAGGAGAAACAGGAGAGAUGACAGAAGAUUUGAUAAUCGUGAAGAUGUGAGUGAGAAGGAAGUAGAAGCAGUAAUGUCUGGUCUUGAGAAUGUGUUACGCAGUGCUGAAUCUUCUCUGAGUCUGGCUUCUCAGGAAACCGUUAAAGAGAAUCCUCUACUAAAGGAAAGCUUUGAAGACCGAGCCAGUCCCGAACAUGCCAUGACUGAGGAAUUAGAAAUUGUACCAACAAGAGUGCCCCAUUUACCUGCGAGAUCCCGCUCUAGAAGCUCCCAAGUAGGGAGCAACCAGCGAGACCCAGUUCUUUACCUCGAAUUUGAGUCUCCUGCCGAGACGAGCGACACGGAGACGCUUCUCAGGAACCAGCCUCUUCCCAGCCCUCGCACCAUCGAGACGGAAUCCACGAAGUCGUUCGGUUUCGUGCGUCCCGAAAAACCCCUUCGACGCCACGAGACGUUCAUCGACCGCAGCAACAACGAGCGCGAAUCUCGAGAGGGACGUCGGCGAGGAAUCAAGCGAAGUGAAAGCUUCCAGAUGGGGAACAAGUCAGACUACAACAGCCAUCGCUCCUACUCACCUCGACGCAGGGGCUCCAUGGACCUUCUAGUGCCGCUGGAGGAGAAAGAGGUUCACAUCAGUGGGCGCACCUUCACAAAGUACACGCCCCACGAGGUUGAGCGCCGAAACCGUGUGAAUGAACUCAUUACGGCCGAGAUGAACCGACGUAAGAAUCGCAGUAUGGAAGAUCGCUUGGACCAGUGGUUUGAGAGUCAGGGCGAUAACGAGUGGACGCUAAGAUGGAAGUACCCCGAAAUUCAUCUAGAAAAGGAAGAGAAGUAUGCCCGUCAAAAGGGCAACAGCAGCAGGCGACAAGAGAGUCGAUCACCCACCCGUUAUGAGGAAAAGAGACCAUCUAAAUCUAAGAGUUCUGAGAAUAGACCUCCUGCAAAACAAUAUGAUAACAAAAGCCAAGCCCCAAUGUUCGUAAAUGAUCUGCCAGGACCUCCGCCGAAGCCAUCUCGGUCCGGAAAGGCGCCCAAAUUCUCCAACACCGAAAUCAGUGCCUUUAACGGCUUCAAAAACCCCAACGGCUUCAGGGAGAGUGACUAUGGCCCGAACUUCAUGCUGAACAAGCCUUCGCCGCGACUCGCAGAUUUCUCCGAUUUCAACGACUACGGCGGGCGGGACUACCCUCCUCCCCCGCGGGCACGGAAUCUCCGAGAUAGCUGGGUACCCAAUGGGCGGGAGAAGGGCAUGGGCGGCCGACGUAAAGGUGACAUUGACCCUGAUAUUCCCUCUCCCGAUUAUUCGGCGACGCCCGCUAGCACCAUGUCCACCAUUAUCAACGGAUCUUCGCCUUCUAAGCACAUAUUAGACAUGCCUUCUGGUCUUUAUUAAGAAAUUCUUUCAGAGUCCCAGUCAUUAUUCUUUUCGUAAUGUAACCACUUUAUAAAAAUCUUUCGUGGUGAUGUUUGUGAACACAUCAUGUGAUUUUUCAAAAGGUGAUUCAGUAUGAGAGUAUAAAGAAGACCAUAGAAAAUGCCGUGUACAGCUUUAUUUCACCAACUACAUGGGGUUAGAGUCUUCGCACGUAAUGUGCUGUUUUCAUAUCUUCAUUUCUUGAUAACUGGGCAAUAUGAGUAUUCUAUAUAUAGUACCGCAUGUUAUAUAAACUACAUAAUAGCUUCUUCACAGUUUCUUAAAAGAAAAUUAUGUGCAAUACUCAAAGAUACUUUGUAAAUAUGUGUAAAUAUGAUUUCCUAUAUAUAAUUAUAUAUAAACUUUGAUUGUUAUGUAAACUUUACGAGUUUAUAAAAAAAUCAGCAUACUGACGACUUGUAUCAUGUUAUUUAU